GACGGGCCCGGGGAGGGCGGUAGGGGGGUGCGCUGCGUGGGGGCGGGAACGGCGGAGGCGGCCGCCCCUGGCGGCGCGUUUGUUUAUCCCGGGGAAGAAGUUUAGGAGCGGGAGAUAAGGAAGGCGGACGGGGAAGGAGGGAUGCGGUUCGGCGGAGGCGGCCGCCACAGGGACUCGCCGCCAUCACCACCGCCGCCACGGCCGCCGCCUCAGCCUGAGAGGAGCCGCUGCGGGGACUGCCGGCCGCCGCUCCGCACGUCCGGAGUCCAUCUGUGAACAUUCUCAGACACAUCUUUUGAUGAGCAUAUGAAUGUAUGCUGUUGGCUGUAAUCCAGAAGUGGAAUUGUUCAGUUGUAAGUACUCAACUGUGUGGGAUAUUGCAUAAUUCUUGGAAGACUGCAAUAAAGUGGCAAUGUCUCGGGAACCCACCCCACCUCUCCCUGGAGAUAUGUCUACUGGUCCUAUAGCAGAAAGCUGGUGUUAUACACAGGUUAAAGUAGUAAAAUUUUCCUACAUGUGGACCAUUAAUAACUUCAGUUUUUGUCGAGAGGAAAUGGGUGAAGUGUUAAAAAGUUCAACAUUCUCAUCUAGCCCCAGUGAUAAAAUGAAAUGGUGCCUGAGGGUAAAUCCAAAAGGAUUAGAUGAUGAAAGUAAAGACUACUUGUCCUUAUAUUUACUUUUAGUCAGCUGCCCAAAAAGUGAAGUUCGAGCAAAAUUCAAAUUUUCCCUUCUUAAUGCUGAAAGGGAAGAAACAAAAGCAAUGGAAAGCCAAAGAGCAUACCGAUUUGUGCAAGGAAAAGACUGGGGUUUUAAAAAAUUCAUUCGAAGGGAUUUUUUGCUUGAUGAAGCUAAUGGUCUUUUGCCAGAUGACAAGCUUACAUUAUUUUGUGAGGUGAGUGUGGUCCAAGAUUCAGUAAAUAUAUCAGGACAUACCAAUACAAAUACUUUGAAGGUACCUGAAUGUCGACUAGCAGAAGAUUUAGGUAAUCUCUGGGAAAACACAAGAUUUACAGAUUGCAGUGUUUUUGUGAGAGGACAAGAAUUUAAAGCCCAUAAAUCUGUACUUGCAGCUCGAUCCCCAGUUUUUAAUGCAAUGUUUGAGCAUGAAAUGGAAGAAAGCAAAAAGAAUCGAGUGGAAAUAAAUGAUGUAGACCCUGAGGUUUUUAAAGAACUGAUGAGAUUCAUUUACACAGGGAAAGCACCAAACCUUGACAAAAUGGCUGACAACUUGUUGGCAGCUGCAGACAAAUAUGCACUGGAACGACUGAAGGUCAUGUGUGAAGAAGCUUUGUGUAGUAACCUCUCAGUAGAAAAUGUUGCUGAUACCCUUGUCCUUGCAGAUUUGCACAGUGCAGAACAGUUGAAAGCACAAGCCAUAGAUUUUAUUAAUAGGUGCAGUGUACUUCGACAGCUUGGGUGUAAAGAUGGGAAAAACUGGAACAGCAACCAAUCAGCAGACAUAAUGGAAACAUCAGGUUGGAAGUCCAUGAUUCAGUCUCACCCUCAUUUAGUAGCAGAAGCCUUCCGAGCGCUAGCAUCUGCACAGUGUCCGCAGUUUGGCAUUCCACGCAAACGGCUAAAACAGUCUUGAAUCUUCCAUGAACUGUAGAAAAAUGGAAUUGACUUUUACUCCUCCAGGUCCAGAAGGAUUCUAAUACACAAACCAUAAGCAAGAGUUGUUUCUGUUGUCUUGUCCACAGAACAGAAGCUAAAAAAGCAUAUUGCUUGUAUUUCAGGUGGAUAAUUUAUGGUUUAUUCUUCAGCUUUAAAUUAGACUGAUUAUACUCUAAUUCACUUCAAGGCCUUAAAUUAUCUUCAAUGACUUCUCUUGUUCAUGUAAUACUUUCAUUUUUUUAUUGUGCCUUGUCAUUUUGACCAAGGCUAUGCAGGAUUGCACUAGCUCCAUAAUGCAGUAAUAUUGAUAACUGAAGAUACUGAGUUUCAAAAGGAUCUUCCAUCAGUUUGAGAAAAACAAAGUCAAUUUUAUAGGGUUUGUCCUGUGCUAUCUCAAAGUUUAAAACUAGAUUCUCCUGAAGAGCACUUGUAUUGGAGAUUACUGGUAAUAUCUCCAGUGUAAGUUGUAUAAAUACAAGAGAACCUACUUACCUUCAAGGUAAGUUAUGGCAAUACACUGCUUCAAUUCUAAUUUAUUUUUCAUUUCAGGGGGCAGAUAUGCAAUGAGUUGGCCCAAAUGUUGUUUGCUUAUAUGUUAACUGUCCAACAAACUGAGAGAGGCAUAAUGAACCUUUGCUUGUGCUUUUUGUGGGUUUCUCCAAGUUUACAAUGAAUGAGAAUUGAUUGAGGUUAAAAUUUCAGUUUAGAAAAAGAAUGUUUUGUGCUGAAUUAAUUUAAUUUAUAGUGACCUACAUUUAUAUGAAGAAUUCUGUACGUGUUAAAAGUAAGGGUGACCAAAUGUAAAUUUAAUGAGUGGGCCAAUUAAGAAAGAUAUAUAAUGCACUUUUAAUGUGUAACUUUUGUAUGCUGAAUGGUACAUAUAUUCUUUGCUUUUGAGGAAAUUAAUAAGUUAUAAUUAAUUGUGUCUUAACUUUUGAAAGAAAUUUUUUAAGACAGAUUGAGGCAACUGAGAUGUUUGUCGUAACAGAUAAGAAAGAUAUCCUUGAUUGUAGUUAAAUGGGUUUGAAUUUCAGAUAUUCAUUAUUGAAUUUACUCCUGUUCUGUCAUAAUUUGAAGAAGGUGUCUGAACAGUAAAUGAAUCCUGGGCAGUCUACUCUCCUAAAAAUAAUGAAGUAUUUUUUGCAGACUAAAGGAGAGAACCCUUAGAAAUAUGUCAGGCCACACUUUGAACCUUCCACCACCCCCCUCCACCACCCCCCACCCUCCACCCCCCAGCUUUCUCCUUUCUGUUUCAGUUACUGUACUAACAUUGUGGACGAUACUGAAAUUCUGCAUAAUGUGAACAGGAUAAACUAUUUAUAAACUGCUUUUCAUGGGCCAGUUCUUUAUUAUAAAUGAAUUUUAGCUUUAAACAUAUACACAUGUUCAGUGUUUGAUAGCUCUGUUCACAGUGGAGGUCUGUUUUGGUGUAUUGUCCCAGAGAAGUACAAGUGGUCAGUGUCAAGUUACAGCAUCUGAUUUCCUUUAUAGUGACAGUAUGCUUCUUAGGCAAGAUUUAUAUUUGACCACAAGAAAAAACUGUGUUACUGGAAAAAAAAAAAUUCAUGUACCUAUAUAUUUUCAUAUAUUACUUUAUUCUCCAGAUUCAAAUUUCUAUAAUUUGUUUAUUUAGGUUUUGAAUUUAGGACAACAAUGAAGCCUGAGGUUUUAAAAUGUAUUUUAUUUUGGUUACCUCUUUGUUAGGUUUUCACUGCAUCCUAAUAUAUCAGUAAUGUUCAUAUUUACCUUGAACAAACACUAUCAAAUAAGUGUUAUCUACAACAAACUGGAGGUUGAAAAUAUCAUAUUUUCAGAUAUCUUUCUUUCUCCGUAGUUGAAUUGGGUCUUCGUUGUAUUAAAUUUGAAGUGGGAAGAGGAGUACCUUGGGAUAGAAGAAAAAUGCUUACAUGUUAAUGGGCGUCAUCCUAUCUCUGUAAGAGUACUAUAGGGAGCAGAAACCCCUUCACUUCACAGCAAGAUUGAGUCUGUUAUAAUUACAAUGUACAAUUUUAAAGAAAAUACACAUAUAUACAUAUAUACUUCAAGAUUUUGCCAGGGUCUUGUAAGAAAAUAAUCCUCAGGCUAUUUUUUUGUUGUCAUAUAUAUAUAUAUAUAUAUAUACUGUUGUGUGUGUGUGUGUGUAUAUAUAUAUAUAUAUAUAUUAUAUAUAUACUGUUAUAUCCAUUUACAUCAAAUGCACACAGGCACAUUGUGAAUUAACUCAUUGAAUCUACAUUUCUAGUCAUAGUGACAUCAGUAAUAACACCAUGUAAUGAACAUUUCAGCAGCUAGCCCUUAUUUACUUUAGUGUUUAUAGCAAAUCUUAAGGAAUUUAUUAUAAAGUUGGGGUUUUUUUGGGUUUGGUAGCACAUUUUGUACCAAAAAAUGUCAAACACUGUGCUGAAAGAAUACCCAUGUGUGUAGAAAUGUCCACUUUUCAGAUAAUAUAAUGCCUACCAUUAUACUAACAGAAUCAUAUGGUAGUUGAUUUAUUUUUUUUUUUAUUUAUUGUGGGGUUUUUUUUUGUAUUCUGGGUUCUUGAGGCAAUGUUAAAAAUUGUUAGUGUAUUCUGAUGUGAGUGCUCUAAUAGCAUUUUUUUUCAUUUUUAAACUACACAUGCUGUUUUCAAAUAGGCAUAGACUGUGUCCUGAGCAGUCUAAUCUUUUGAACUAUCUCCCACUGCUCCUGUUUUCCUUUCAUCAUGUGAAGCUUUUCCUUAGAAAAGUAGUAACUGAUUUUAAAUAUUACAUAUUAUAAAAGUAACCAUUGGAGAACUGUUCUUUGGAUUGAGUACAGAAACACUAUAUUUGUGCCUUUUUGUUUUUAAUUUUAAUGUGUAUUGGUAUUUGGAGCACAAAUAUGAAGGUGCCAUAUUAUGGCUUGCCAUUGUUACCUCCUUGAAUUUGAAUACUCAUGUAUCAUUGUCUUGAAAUAGUAAUUGGAGAACCUUGCACGUAUUACAUGGUCCUUGGGUGUGUGUGUGUAUGUGUGUGUGUGUGUACAUGAACUUGUAUUCACUUGGUCUUGUGUGCAGUAUGUUCAAAAAAGUAAAUUUCUGAAAAUAGGACUUAGUUAAAUGUUGAAUGUUUAGGUUAGUUGAAAUAUUUCAUUUAAAUGUGUUUUAUAAUGAGGGACAGUUGGUUGACAGUGGAAAUUACAAUUUUCAAAAAUGUUACCAAUUUACUGCAUGACAAAAUGUGAAAACAGUGCCUUCUUAGGACAUAAAUCUUUAAAUUAAGUUUUAAAAUAUUAACAAAAUUCUCUUAAAAAUUUAUGAACAUUAUUGGCUUAUUCUUAAACUAGACCUAAGUUAGAGCUUAAGUUUACAAAAGUAAAAUUACUAAUUUAUUUACCCAUUUAAGUUUUGUGCAUAAAUUUAAAAUCUGAGUAGAUUUCUUUAUGAAAAGGUGGAUCAUAGAUGCUACCCAGUGUUACUAAUAUAAAACACUAGGGACUUUGGUAAGUUGUCUUGUUAAAAUCGAACUCAGCAAGCUUUUUUCAGCCAGGCAUACUUAAAGAGGUGAAUUAUUCUGAGUUGGAUGUUCAUGCUCUUGGAUGGGUAAAAUAAAAAUAUUCAGUGUAUUCUUGCAAAAUAAAGUGAGUGGGUGGGUUUUAGUGUUUUCAGAUUAUAAAGACAGCACUUUGAGCGCACAGAGUAUUUUGCAAACUUCUUUUAUACAGAUAUGAGCUCUACUUUAAGUGUUCAUGGAAUGAUGUCAAUUUUAGGUCCAGUUGAAUGAAUAUUGAGUGCCUACCAUAUGCAAGACUUCCUCAUCACUAGGAAAAAAAUCACCACACUGUGUCUUCUGUUUGCAGUUUAUGGACUUUAUGUUUGAGGAAAUCUUAUAUUUAAAUCUUUCUGUUAGAAUUUAUCAUUGUAUACUGUAACCAGUUAAUUUUGCAUUCAGUUUUUUAGAGUGAAGCUAUAACUUAAGUGAGUCCCAUUUUUGAAAAUAAAAUUCUGAUUAUUUAAAAAAUUAGUUCUGGGGGAAAUUGAUUUUUCAAUAUUCAAAUGUGUAAAGACUUAUAUUGAACUUUUCAGCCUCAUUUUUAAUCAGCUGAUGUUAAUGAUGAGAUACAUACUUUUUGUAUCUUGUUGCUGAAAAUAUUUUUUGCAUUUCAGCACGUUGAGUUAAAAUAAAGUUGUUACUACUUA